AUGGUUGCUGUCCGAGGCAAUUCUGCACCAUUCCAGACGCCACCAGCACCUCCUGCUGAUCCUGGUGUCACAACAAGACCACCACCCGCUCAAGCGACCACCACCCAGCCCACGUCUCCACUCCAACCUUCUUCAGGUACCCAACAGCCUUUGGCGCGACAAACGCAAGUGAAGCGCACUCGAAAAGUGCCCAAGCUACCUGCCACGGCUCGUUCAGUACAUCCGUCUGAAGAAGCCACCCGUACGCUAUCCUGA